UUCUAGCCAAUGAAAGUACCGUUUUUUCCCAUAGACGUAAUCUGUAUAGUACGGUUUUGCACCUUGUAUGAAAAAAAUCAUUCGAAAGAUUAACUAAGAAUCGGAUAUUGAUUGAACAAACCAGAGAUUGGUUCGAGUAAAGAAUAGCAAUAUGUCAUUUUUCAGGGACUUAAUAGAAACCGUUUUGCCAGCUGCUUACGCUGAAGAAGUAAAAUCCGAAGAAACUGAAGAGUCUGAAGAUGCCGAAGAAGGUGACGAUGACGAAGACGAAGACGAUGAGGAUGAUGAAGAUGAAGAUGAAGAAGAAGUCGCUGACCCAUUAGACACUUUGCGUGAAGAAUGUCAGGACACUCCAGCAUGUAAGCCAUUCAACCACCACUUCCACGAAUGUGUUGAAAGAGUCACCAAGGAACAAGAAGAGGAAGACUAUGAACACAAGGCAUACAAGGAAGAUUGUGUUGAGGAAUUCUUCCACUUGCACCACUGUAUCAACGACUGUGUUGCUCCAAGAUUAUUCAACAAAUUAAAGUAAACCACUUCCUGCCAUGAUGGCAAUCCAGCAUGAUUGAAGAUUGAUAAAAUGUAAUCAUACCUGUUUCAGGCAUAAAUAUACAAACGAACAAGACGGAGAGUGUAGAAGUAGUAGCUAGGGACUCAGAAGCUCAGAAUUGUCG